AUGUCUGGUUAUGAGAACGAGUACGAGACAACGUCGGAGUAUGGAGACUACCGCUCAGUGAAUCGAUCCGGCUCACUUGAUUCGAUACAGAAAUGCAAAAUCCCCGUCAGCCCCCUUCCUAAACCACCGCACUCUUGUCAAAUUCAAUCAACGACUUGGCCUAAAAUGAGAAAGAAGCACAAGGCUUUCAUCAUGAUUUUCUCGGCUCUUUUCAUUGUUGUCGAUGCCGUUUUUUGGUCUCUAACUCAUCUCGUGAAAAGUGAAGGUUCAUUAGAAGAAAUGUUCUCAAAGAGUCCUCUCGAAACAAUUAACACAAUCGCUGGCACGGCUAUUUUUCUCUCCUACAUCAUCUUUUGUUGUAUUGGAAUCUACGCGAUUCUCUUUAAACGUCGUGGACUUUUAAUUGUUUUUAUGGUUUAUUUGAUGAUUGUUGCGAUCUCUUGUAUUCCCCAUAUUCUCUAUCACAUUCUCAACAAUGAUCCUUACGCAAAAAUGGUGAUCGUCUCAAUAGUUAUGGUGUGGACGUUGACCGUGUUUUUCUUCUUAAGACUUCAUCUUUACUAUAUGAAAUUGUGCAUUAAAUGUUAU